CGUUGCUCAUGUAUGGCGCAUGCGCAGUCUGACCGAGCAGCGGGAAAGAGAAAAGAACCAAGAUGGCGGACUGAGUGGCCAUCCCGAGAAGAUUCACAUUUACGAUCUGUAGAGAUUGAAAUAUAGCAUCAGAAUUAUCUUUUCCGAAUCCCACUAAACAUAAUUUCCUUUUGGAGCGGCGGAGCGUUACCUAAAGUGAAGAUUGAAGGCGUGAUAGAAGAUGGACGACGACUGCUAUGCUAAGAUGGCGACGGCAUAUGAAAGAGAUCAUGAAAGAGAACCAGAAACUUCCAGCGAAUCACCAACGGGGACAAAGACCAAAACCGCAGAUGAAGACGUCCAGCAGCUGAUUGGUCAGUCGGAAGAACUUCCCCCUCAGUCGCCAGGGGGGAGCUCCACUUUGAAGCAGGCGACUCCACAGCCACCCCUCAUUAAAAAGGAAGAGGAGGGACUCUGGAUCACUCAGGAUGGAAAGUAUCAUCUAGCACCACCGGAGGAUGAUCUCACCAAGAUGCCACCGACUGUCGUCUAUGUGAAAAUUGAAAAUGAUGAAGAGAAACCCCUAGCAGACAACUUCUUAGCGCCACGAUCAGAAGACGAGGUUAAAGUAGCUCUGAGCAGUGAAACAGACUGUGAAGGUGAUAUGGGGACUCACACCGACAACAAUCACUCUGAAUGCUUUUCAAAGAACAAUGAUAAACCGUUGAGGUGCCCAUUUUGCGCUAAAAACUUUAAUAAAAAGUACAAUUUGACUCAACACAUGAGAACGCACACGGGGGAAAAACCGUUUGAUUGUUCAGUUUGCGGUAAAAGCUUUGUUUCAAGAUCAGGUUUGAGUAAACACCUAAUGAAACACACUGGAAGAAAACCAUUUACCUGUUCAAUAUGUGGUAAAAGUUUUCUUCAUAAGAGCAUUCUGAUUCAACACACGAGCACACACAGCAUAGACAGACCAUUUCAUUGUUCAGUUUGUGGUAAGAGUUUUCCUCACGAGAGCAAUUUGAUUCAGCACAUUAGAACACACACCUCGGAUAAACAGUUUAAUUGUUCGGUCUGCGGUAAAACGUUUCCUCAUAACAGCAAUCUGAUUAAACACAUGAGAACGCACACCGGAGAAAAACCAUUUAGUUGCUCACUGUGCGGUAAAUGCUUUUCUCAGAAAUGCAGUUUGACUCGACACACAAGGACCCACACGGAUGAAAAACAUUUUUUUUGUGCAUUUUGUGGUAAAACCUUCCAUCGUAAUGCAGACGUAGCAAGACACAUAAGAAUACACACGGGAGAAUAACCAAGAAGUUUUAAUAUGUGGCUCAUGUGUUUGUCGCUUAAACCAGGACUUGUGCUUCUUACUUAAAUAUCUGUAGUCUUUGUACAAAGUGGGAUUAUCUGGAGCAUAGUUUUAUCUCCUCAUGACCCUAUGUCUUCUGUGUAUAUUCAACUAAUAAAUGACGCUUGUAGUGUACCCCA